AUGGAGAUCUAUGGUUGUCCAGGUAACCCAAAUGAUAUCUGCUACUUAACAAUUAUUCCACGAGGGCGCGUUGGAUAUGAGAUGAUAGAUAGCCAACGAGGCGCGUAGCGCCGAGUUGGCUAUAAUCAUCUCAUAUCCAACAAGCGCGAGUGGAAUAAUUGUUUUGUUAAAAACGCCCACAAAAACUCGUUGAAUCUCCCCUACUCGAACAAACCGGAAAAGACAAGGGACUUCCGCUAUUCACAUGUCACACGUCUAUCAAAACUGUCAACGCGCGAACGCACUCGCCUGGACUGUGUGAAUGAAAAAGCAAAACAUUUAUUUUUUAAAAACUCAUGGGGAUUCUAGGAUUUUACACAGCAGGACAGCUAAAAAAAGCUGGCAGAUAAUGUGAAGGAAAAGAAUUUAUAAGGGACAACCGUCGAAAUUACUGUGAAUUUGGAUUUUCGGUGCAGUUACAAAAGUAAGAACAACGGAGAAAAACCAUUACCUCGGUCGCUUGUUAUGAAGUUGUUUGAAGCCACAAGCUGGUUUUGCUGAACGAGAAAAGGAGCUAUACUGCCGCCUCGAUUGCUCUAGUGAAUGGCUACAUAGCCUGUAUUUGUAGCUGGUUACUUGUGAUUUAUAUUCUUGAUGUCGGAUAAACAAGCCGCAGUUAUCUAUCGGCGAGUGACUCGAUCAGCGAAUGGCUUCGCGAUCAUGAAGAAACAACACCUGUCUUCUUUCGUAGCUGGUCAAGGUAGUUUAGUUCCAUGUAUUUUCAUGUGUUUUUCGACGAACUUUCAAGCAAGCUCUUGUGGCUUUUUUUUUGUUUGUUUUUGUCUUUUUUUUCUUUCGAUGAAAUUGCAUUUCUAGUAUUCUAAGAAAUGAAUUAAAACGAUUUGCUUCUGGCGCCGUUCUAUCCUUUGCGAAAAAAAAAAAUCUCAGCUAGCUUCCAAUUUUAAACUGACGCGUACAUCGACCAUAUAUGAAAAGCAUGGUAUAAUAGCUCAUAUACCAUAACGGCUAAGCCAAUCAAAAUGCUAGAAUUGCAUUAUUCAAUGAUUCAGUUUUUAAUAAAAUCAAUUAUACGAUAUGCUGAAGCUAAGGUUACGCAAAGUAAUAUUGAUAUAUUCAACUACAGACGUAUGGCUAUUUAAUUCAUUGCACGGCUAUAAAUCAAAAUGAACAACGUCUCUUUUUCUAUACUAAGUUGGACAAUAGACUGAUUCUAAAGGACCUAGAUAAAAUUUAGGGGAGUGGUUUCCUUUACAUUGAGGGGAAUCUUCCUGAAACGAGCACGGUCAAGUAGACUUAGAUACGUUCCUACCACUACUAUUUACACUAAAAAUUUUAUCCCAAACUACAUUUUUCCUAUUCUCAAAAAAAAGGUUUACUGAGUCUUAAAUGUUAACGAUUUCAGGAUGCAAAGCCGCGCUUGGUAUGGAGAAUGGUUUAAUCUCUGAUGCUCAAAUAAGCGCCUCUUCAGAGUGGGAUAACAAUCAUGGUGCAGAAAGAGCUAGAUUAAAUGGGAGAAGGAUUAAUCUGAAAAGGGGAGCCUGGAGCUCUCGUUACAAUAUCUUGGGUCAGUGGCUUCAGGUUGAUCUUGAAAAAUAUACCACAGUGACAGGUCUAGCGACUCAAGGCCGGAGUGAUGAGGACCAGUGGGUUACCAAGUACAGGAUGCAGUACAGUGAUGAUGGAGUGAGCUUUUAUUUGUACACAGAACCAGGAGUCGGUCCACAAAAGGUACAGAGUAAAUCAGAAGUAAAUAAAAUUAAUAAAUCCGAUGUUAGCGGUCGAACAUCCAGAAAGGAUGAGGAUAGAGGUUAAAAAGAAAAAAAAUUGAGCAAGAGCAAGAAGCAUUGAGCAAACUAAACUUGCAUGAGGCGCCUCUUCGUGGACACGUUGGUGAGAAGCGAGUUCUCUCACUAUUCCUGCUUCUAGUAGCAACUAUAUAACUAUUAUUUUUUUCCGUUUUGCUACUAAAAAUAUGCAUUUAAAAAAUCUCUUUUUUUUGUGGGAACAAAAUGAAUAAUUUCUACAAACGUUUUUCGAAAUACACACGAACCUGAAUUUCGAUCGGAUUGCGAUCCGAAGCACCACUUUCAAAAAUGAGAUGCUUUUAAUAAGUACUAGGCCGUUUUUAUGACGGAUCGGGAAAUGCUGCGAUACACGCAUUAUGUCCUGUAUAAAUCUGGCUUCCUAGAAUUUUUUUUUACAUUCUUAUUGCAAAAAAUUGUGCAGUUAUUUUUUACUUUAACUUUUACAUUGUUUGGAUAGUUGUUUGAUGGAAAUUAUGACAGAAACACUAUUGUUCACCAAAAACUGAGCUGGCCAAUCAGAGCGCGCUGCAUACGGAUACUGCCAGAGGCUUGGACCGGACACAUAUCAUUGAGAAUGGAACUCUACGGCUGUCCAGGUAUUUUGGAAUAAGAGUAAUCCCUCCUCUUAAGGACUUGUCGACUCACAGUCCUUACGAUAUAAUGGGAACCGAAUUCGUACACAGGCCAAUAGUAUUCCAGAUAGAAUGUCGCUAGUAAAGAUAUCUAGGACUGGUCGACUAGCGGUCCUUUCACUAUACGUAUAAUGGAAACUCUGGUCGUAUACCUGACAAUAAAGUUGUGGCUAUAAUUUAAAUUUCAGUCAGAAAAAAAAAAGAAAGGAAAGGGAGAAAGAAAAUUAAGAAACUGAUAUUUUAAUUUCUUUCAAGUCUUUCGUUUAGUCUUUCGUUUAAUCCUUAUCUCUAUGCUAUUAAUGAUCUUUGUUACUGGUAGCUUGUGAAGAUCCUCUUGGAAUGGAAAGUGAGGCAUUUCCGAUUCUCAAAUAA